AUGCAGUUUGCGGGACAGGUGCGCCUGAUGAUGAUCCAGGCUGGUUGUGUGGAGAUGAAGCUGUGUCUGCCUGUCCUGCUGCUGCUGGCCGCCUGCCGCCUGGCAACAGCCGAGGAGCCCAGUCCCACUCCAGUGGUCGUGGAUGCUGACGCCCCCGGUCCCAGGCAGGAGGAGCAGAGGGAGGAGGGGGAGGCGCAGGGCUGCGGGGGAGGCCGGGCGUUCAGCCCCGCCGCGCAGCGGGCGGUAGGGGGCGCCAUCGAGCGGCUGGGCGUGCAGCUGCUGGAGAAACUUCCCUUUGGCCCCCAGCAGCCAAACGUCAUCGUGUCCCCUCUGAGCCUGGCGCUGGCCCUGGCUCAGCUCGCCUUAGGCGCCCGCAACGAGACGGAGCGGCUGCUGCUGGGCGGCCUCCACGCCCACGGCCUGACCUGCUACCACCACGUCCUGGGCGGCCUGAUCCCGCAGCUCAGCAACACCUCGCUGGAGGUGGCGACGCGCACCUACCUGAGACCAGGUUUUGAGGUGAAGCUGUCCUUCAUGGAGGAAUCUCUGGCCAGGUACCGGGCGUCGCCCGCCCCCCUGCUCUCUGUGGAGGAGGUCAACCAGUGGGUGGAAAACGCCACCAGCGGCCACAUCGCCAACUUCCUGGAGAGCAUCCCACAUGACGUGGUGCUCAUGCUCAUCAACGCCAUGUACUUCAAAGGUGAGUGGCAGACCCGUUUCGACGCCCAGGCGACCUCCAAGAGCAUCUUCUACCUGGACAACCAGAACUCGGUGUGGGUGGACAUGAUGAAGUCUGCUCAGUAUCCUCUGCGCCUGAUGUUCGAGUCCCAGCUGCAGGCUCAGGUGGCCAGUUUUCCCUUUAAAGGUAACACCAGCUUCCUGGUCGUCAUGCCGCUGCCCGGCAAAGGAAACGUCUCCUCGGUGCUUCCCAAGCUCAACAUCUCUGACCUCUACACACGGCUGCCGCAGGAGGAAACCAUGCAGGUCAACCUGCCCAAGGUCAAGCUGCAGUACCGCCAGGAUCUGCAGGAGGCGCUCACUAGCAUGGGUUUAGGAUCUCUGUUUUCGGGCCCGGACCUCUCGGGAAUCUCUGACAGGCCCCUGAAGGUGACAGGAGUCCGUCACGCCAGCACGGUGGAGCUGAGCGAGGAAGGCGCCGAGGCAUCCGCCACCACCGUUGUGACCGCCCUGCGCUCCAUCUUCACCUUCUCUGUCAACUCUCCCUUCAUCUUCGCCCUCGUCGACGACACCUCCCUGGCCCCCAUCUUCCUCGGCGUCGUCACCAACCCCGCCCCCGACGACGCCCCCAUGGCAAAUGACGACCCUCGCAUCAACAGCACCCUGAGCGACCCGCCCGUUAAGGACAGUGACGGGAAAGUUGAGGUGGAUAACGAACAGAACGACGAGGCGUUUAACAACAGCGAGCCCCUGCAGGGAAGUGCAGCGCCGCCGUGUGGUAACCAGGUGCUGAGAGGGAGCACCUGCAGUCUGUAA